AUGGAAAUUGAAGACUUGAAGGUGUUUCUAAAUGACAGCUUCAAGAUAAAAGAUCUGGGCAGGGUACACUACUUCCUGGGUUUAGAGUUUUCUCACAAAGAUGAUGGUGUGAUAAUAUCUCAGAGGAAGUUCACCCUUGACUUUCUCAAAGAGUAUCAGUGCAUGGACUACAACAACUUUACUUCACCACUAGACCCAACAGUCAAGCUCAAGGCAAAAGAGGAAGAGGCUUUGACAGAUCCUACUUACUAUAGGAAACUAGUGGGGAAGCUCAAUUUCCUCACCAAUACUAGACUAGACAUAGCCUACAGUGUACAAAAUCUGAGCCAAUUCAUGGAUGACACCAGACAACCUCACUUGAAAGCAGUCUUUCAUCUACUUAGAUAUUUAAAAACAGAUCCAACCCUAGGGAUAUUCAUGUCUAGAGAUACAAAUUAUACUUUCAGGGACUACUGUGAUUCUAACUGGGCAGUAUGCCCAGAUUCCCGAAAAUCUAUAAGUGGCUAUCAUGUAUUAUUGGGCAGCAGUCCUGUUAGCUGGAAGUCCAAGAAGCAUGCCACUAUUUCAUUGUCUUCUGCAGAAGUAGAGUAUAGAGCUCUGAGAAAGGUAGUGGGGGAAUUGGUGUGGCUUAGUAGACUGUUUGAAGAACUUACAGUUCCUUUCCCCAAGCCUAUUGUAGUGUUCUGUGAUAGCUAG